GUUGACGGUAAAAAGCAAACUCCGGUCGUAGCAGCGCUGCUUAAAGACGGUAAACCGUUGAAAGAUGUUGAAGUGCAAGUCAAAGAUGAUAAAGUUCUUUUUACGAUCAAGAAACCGACACGCGAUCAAUCUGGUCCAUAUCAAAUCAAAUUGUCGAAUGGUCAAGGCGAGGAUGUGAAAGACGUCAAAAUCACAAUGCAAGAUGUUCCAAAUGCUCCGCAAGACGUUAAUGUGCGCGAUGUGUUUGAAAAAUCAUGCGUUGUCGACUGGAAGCCACCGAAAGAAAAUGGUGGUACUCCAAUUCAAAAGUAUGUUAUUGAACGUCAAGAUCUUUCGUCGAAGAAAGGAUGGGAGCCUGCUGGCGAAGUUCCGGCUGAUAAGCCCACCACAUUCAAAGUCGAAGAUCUUACUCCGAAUAAAACAUACAAAUUCCGUAUUCGUGCUGUCAACAAAGUCGGCCCAAGUGACCCGGCCGAAUUCAAGAAUAAUGUUGUAGCUAAGAAUCCAUGGGAAGCGCCAGGCAAACCAAAGGGACUUGAAGUUACUAAAGACUGGGAUAAAGAUCCAGUUCUCAAAUGGACUAAACCAGAUAACGAUGGUGGUGCUGAGAUCACUGAAUACGAAAUCGAAGUGAAAGACAAAAACAGCAAGGAAUGGGUUAAAAAGAAACGCGUUCCAGCUUCUCAAACGACGACAUCUAUUGAAGGUCUAAAAGAAGGUGAAUAUGAUUUCCGUGUGCGAGCCGUCAACAAAGCUGGCCCUGGUGAACCAAGCGAUUCAACCAAGCUUAUUAUCAAAACAAAUAAAUUUAACAAAACACUCAAGGACACGACCGUUGUUGAACGUGAAAAGGUGGUUCUUGACAUUGAAUUGGAAGACGAAAAGGCGCCAGCCGAAUGGAAACUCAACGGCAAACCAAUUAAGCCCAGCGAUCGUGUUCAAAUCAAGAAUUUAGGUGGUGGUAAACAUCAAUUGGUAAUCAACGACUUGAAAUUGGCUGAUGCGGGUGAGAUUUCAGUUCACUCAGGCAAAUUGAGCUCAUCAUGUAAACUCAACGUUGAAAAGGGUGAAACUAAACCACAAAUCAACGCACCAAAAGAAUUUGAAGG